GCAGGAGGCGAGAGGAGGAGACAGACAAGACAAGGGGAGGAGAAGAAAGCAAGUCAAAGAAGGGUAAAAAGAGGAGAAGAAAGGAGGAACGGUAUAUCUGAGGAGUUAGAGGAGGAGCUGAGGAACAGACAGAGAAGGAGCUGAGGAGAAGACUGAGAAGGAGCUGAGGAGCAGACAGAGGAGGAGCUGAGGAGCAGGCAGAGGAGCUGAGAGGAGCAGACAGAGGAGGAACUGAGGACCAGGUGGAGGAGCUGAGGACCAGGCGGAGGAGCUGAGGAGCAGACAGAGGAGGAGAUGGAUGUCAGUGUGAUCCGGCUGAGUCAUUGUCAGAAGGAGAUCUUCUGUUUCUCGGUGCCGGAGGAGUGUCCGAGCUGUGGGGAGGAGCUGAGGGGGAGCAGACUGCAGGAGGCGCCAGUCAGCCUCCCGUCCCCCUUCACUAAUGGACACAAGACGUCCUGCUGCCUGCUGGUCGCACCUGCACACAACAACCUCACCAGAGACUUUGACGGGAUGUCAGAUCUUCACACCGGGAUCUCCAACACUUCAGGAGUUGUGUAUAACUACACUCUUGGUGGAGUUGGUAAAGAUCAGAGUGGGUGGGAACGUUGCAUCAGUGUUCCUCUGGUCCGACCCGACAUGUUCAACCUGCUAGCUCAAUGGGACCAGUACCUGGACCGCUUCUCUGUUGGACCCAUGUGGGACCCUGCCUGGCACAGGUUCGAUGACAAGGACCAUAAUUGCUUCACUUUCUGUCUUCGGUUCAUUAACAGUGUCCUGGCGACAGAGGGGCGGAGCUCUCUGAGCAGAGAGACCUUCACUCACAGCUUCAUCCUGCCGAGGAUGAGGAGGGUCACCAAAUACACCACACUGUACCAACAUAUUCAGAGACACCAGUACUACGUGGUGGACAGACAGGGGGACAGAAAGGGGGACAGUCCUCUGAACUAAAGCUUUGACUUGAACUUGUUUAAAGCAGUUGUUACAUCAUCUGAUCAGGUGUCUGCUCUCAGACUGUCACACAGGUGAAGACGCUGACACAGGUACGUGGUCACACCUGGUCUGGGGUCAUGAGGUGGCUAAAUUCACAGACACGACAUCAGAGACCUUCUAUGCUGUGGAAUCAAGAUUCAGGUCUGGAGUGGUGGACAUACCUGCAGGAAGAACACCUGGAGUACUAUACACCUGUACCAGGUGUUAACUGGUGAGGAACACUGGGCUGUAAACUGGUGAGGAACACUGGGCUGUAAACUGGUGAGGAACACUGGGCUGUAAACUGGUGAGGAACACUG